AUGCAUUUUAAAAAGCUGUUACUUAUCAAUAAGAAGGAAGAGUAUUACAAUAGAACUAAAGAGAGUAAAGAAGUAACAUAUAAACAUACAAAUAAUGAUAUUAAACUUGAUCAUAUUAUACCAAGAACUAUAAUUGAUUCGGACAAUAUUAUCUUUACUAAAAAUUUAGAUUUGACUACAGUUAAAGGUUCAGAUUCUAAAGAACAAGAUUCUGAUUAUUAUAGUACUGAAAAAUGUUAUUUUCACUCCUCAGUUGAUCAACAAACAGUUCAUGCAUCUAUUCCAUUGUUAAAUAGUCAUUAUUUACCAUUUGGUGAUGGUUCAAAUAAAGUAUUUGGAUACGAAAAUUUUGGUAACACUUGUUACUGUAAUUCAGUUUUACAAUGUUUAUUUUAUUUAGAUUCAUUUCGUGCUAUUAUUUUAUCGUUUCCUUUGCAUUUAACUAAUGGCUUUAUUCGUGAUAGUAGUACACCUACAAAUAGUCAUAAUAAUUGCAAUAAUAAUGGUAGUGUAAAUACAUUAAGAAGACAUAGAAAGCGAAGUAUGGAUGGAAGAAAAAAAAGAUAUUUUACUAUGGAGAGUUUUCAAACUAUUAUAAAGGAAAAGGACAAGUGUCAAAAUGAUAAACAAGUAAACUGUGUUGAAUCAGACAAUAGUACUAAAGUAAAUAAGGAAAAGCCUAUAAUGAAUAAUAUUAGCGAUAAUAUAGUAGAUCAGAACCAAACUAAAUCAUCUUCAUUUAACUUUUUUUCUAAACAUAAAAAAAAUAAAAGUUUAUCUCCAGAAACAUAUAACAGUAAAGAUCCUAAUAAUAAAUCUGUUGUUAAAGAUUUAAGUGCGAAUAUAUAUGCGGAUGACAUUGGACCAGCUCACUCCACUGUUAUGAAAGCUGAUUAUGCAACUGAAAAGUUACAUGAAGGCUGUCAGAGGAUCAUUGUUGGCAGAAGUAAUUGUUUUCCAAUCACCUCCACUGAAUCAUCUUUUAUUGUAACCUCUUCUAUUUCAACAAUACGAUCUGAAAGUCAAUUAUUGACGCCAUCUUCAAAGUUAUCUGAUACAAAUAUAGAAAAAUUGUUGAAUCCCGAUCAAACUACCUUAUUAAAAGAUAAUAAUGGUAUUCGUAAUUCUGAUUUUUCCAUUAAUAAUUUUACUAGUGAAAAGAGGAAAAAAUCAGCACUGAUACAUGGUCCUAUUAUAAAUAUUGAUUAUAUGGUGAAUGUAUCGGCUAAACCAAAUAUUUAUAAUGGACUAAAAGAUAUUUUCGAAUGUAUUACUGAAAAUGAUAGGCUUACAGGGAUUGUGUCUCCAUUACAAUUUAUGCAGAUCUUAAAGAAAGAAAAUAUUUUAUUUCGAACAUCAUCCCAGCAGGAUGCACACGAAUUAUUAAGUUUUAUUCUAAAUAGCAUAGAUGACUAUUUAAAAACUAUUAAUCAUGAGGGAGGUUCUAACUAUGUACCUGCAAACUUUAUAAAUUUUAUCGAGGACCAAUUCAAAGGUUUUAUGAAAAGCACUAUAAAAUGCUUAACCUGUGACAGUAAGACAUCAAAUAUCGAAUCGUUUUUAGACUUUCCUAUUGAAUUAAUAAAUGAAGAUGAGAAUAUCAGUAUUCAAGAGUUGUUUAAUGACUACAAACAAAGCGAGUUUUUGAAGGGCUCAAAUAAAUUUUAUUGCAACCAAUGUAAUUCGCUCCAAGAAGCGGAAAGAUCUGUUACAAUAGAUAUGCUACCACAUAUUUUGAUUUUACAUUUAAAGAGGUUUGAAUAUUCUGAAGAAUUAGGAACUAAUGUAAAAUUGUUUAACAAAAUUGUUUAUCCUCUAAUUCUAGAUGUUUCUUCUAGUAUGAGUUGUGGUAAUAAAGUUUACAAAAGAUAUGAAUUAACUUCGGUUGUAGUUCAUAUGGGAGUUAGCUCAAGACAUGGACAUUAUAUAUCCAUAUGUAAAAGUUCACAGUAUGGGUGGUUAUUGUUCGAUGAUGAAACUGUAGAAUCAGUUGGAGAAAGUACGGUCCUUAAAUUUAUUGGAGAUAAAAAUAAUCAGACGACUGCAUAUGUAUUGUUUUAUAAGGAAGUAUUUGGAAACAAUUUCCAUUAUAAUGAGAAAUGUGAGAUUAGAGAUAAAUCCAGUAGUGAAGUAGAAGAAAUAGUUAGUGUAUCAGAUAUUAAGCCACAGAGUAAAGAUAAAUAUGAAAAAAGAAUUGAAAAUUUAAUAAAAAAAGAUGAUUAUAUAAGAGAGUUAGAAGAGAAAAAACUGCGAAGGUUAAACAAAGAGCAUGAGUAUAAUGAGAUAAAUGAUAUGGCAGUUCAUAAUAUAUUUAGUCACAUUUCAGAAAGAGAUUCAAACUUUAUUGUUCCACUUAACGAUAAUAAACUAGAUGAUGAUAAAAGUACACACAAGACUAAUAAGAGAAAAUCCUUAUUGGGAAGUUUUAUGAUGAAGUAA